CGGCCUCGGGUGCAGUGUGACGUCACGAAGUUCCCGUCUGCUUUAUUUUGCUUCGGUCUCCGGAGCCGCCAUUAUAGGAAGGACCGGAGCGAGCCGAGCUGGAGAACACCGGAGCGGGCCAGAGCGGGAGGGACCGGACGAGCGGCACCGAGGGGUCCGGUCCCGGGGAAGAUGAGCGGCGGGGGAAGGCCGGCGACGGGAUAGAUUCAGGUUCAACCACCCGAUCCCAUAGAACCCCAUACCAUCCGAACCGUAUGUGUGUACAGAGUCCCGAACGUGUCAAGCCAGAACACACAUCACGGCUGAUCGGGAGUGUUUACCGUGGUCAGCCGCUGGUCAACUUCCUGACAGAUACAGCCAUCCAUUCUGGGGAGUGUUACGAUGACUGAGCAUGGCAUAAAGUGGGCUUGCGAAUAUUGUACUUACGAGAAUUGGCCGUCUGCAAUCAAGUGUACCAUGUGUCGUGCCCAGAGACCCAGCGGUGCCAUAAUCACAGAGGAACCAUUCAAAAGCAGCACCCCCAAUGUGGGUACUAUAGAAAGAGGCGGAGGGAGUCCUUUAAUUUGCCCUGAUUCAAGCGCCAGGCCACGUGUAAAGUCCUCAUUUAGCAUGGAAAAUAGCAGUAAGUGGUCCUGUCACAUCUGUACCUACCUGAACUGGCCUAGGGCCAUCCGAUGCACUCAGUGUUUGUCCCAGCGCAGGACACGUAGCCCCACAGAAUCCCCACAGUCCUCUGGAUCAGGUUUACGCUCCGUUCCCAGCCCCAUCGACCCGUGCGAGGAAUAUAAUGACCGCAAUAAACUGAACAUAAAGGGCCAGCACUGGACUUGCUCUGCUUGCACGUACGAGAACUGUGCCAAAGCAAAGAAAUGCGUGGUGUGUGACCACCCCACCCCCAACAACAUGGACGCUAUAGAGCUGGCAAAUACUGACGAGGCAUCCUCCAUUAUUAACGAGCAAGACCGCGCUCGCUGGAGAGGUGGCUGCAGCAGCAGCAACAGCCAGCGUCGAUCGCCACCCAUGUCCAAGAGGGAUUCCGAGAUGGACUUCCAAAGGAUUGAGCUAGCUGGGGCAGUGGGUAGCAAGGAUGAGCUGGAACUGGACCUCAAAAAGCUUAAGCAGAUCAAAAACCGCAUGAGGAAGACGGACUGGCUGUUCUUGAAUGCAUGUGUGGGUGUUGUGGAAGGUGAUCUGUCAGCAGUGGAAGCGUACAAGACGUCAGGAGGAGACAUUGCCCGUCAGCUCUCUGCCGAUGAAGUUCGUCUUCUGAACCGUCCGUCGGCCUUUGAUGUGGGUUACACUCUGGUGCACCUGUCUAUUCGCUUCCAGAGGCAGGACAUGCUGGCCAUACUUCUGACAGAAGUGUCUCAGCAUGCAGCCAAAUGUAUCCCAGCCAUGGUGUGUCCUGAGCUUACCGAGCAAAUCCGCAGGGAGAUUGCAGCUUCCAUGCACCAGAGGAAGGGAGACUUUGCCUGUUACUUCCUGGCAGACCUGGUGACUUUCACUCUACCUGCAGACAUAGAGGAUCUGCCACCCCCUGUUCAGGAGAAACUAUUUGAUGAAGUCCUGGACCGUGAUGUGCAGAAAGAGUUGGAGGAGGAAUCUCCUAUUAUUAAUUGGUCACUGGAGCUGGGGACCCGUCUGGACAGCAGACUUUAUGCACUUUGGAACCGCACAGCAGGUGACUGCCUGCUGGACUCUGUACUACAAGCCACCUGGGGCAUCUAUGACAAAGACUCUGUGCUAAGGAAGGCUCUACACGACAGCCUCCACGACUGCUCCCACUGGUUCUACAGCCGUUGGAAGGAGUGGGAGUCUUGGUACUCCCAGAGCUUCGGAUUACAUUUCUCUCUAAGAGAGGAACAGUGGCAGGAAGACUGGGCUUUUAUUCUGUCACUUGCAAGCCAGCCAGGGGCCAGCCUGGAACAGACGCACAUCUUUGUUCUUGCGCAUAUUCUUAGAAGACCAAUCAUAGUAUAUGGAGUGAAAUAUUACAAGAGCUUCCGCGGGGAGACUUUGGGCUACACUCGCUUUCAAGGAGUGUACUUACCGCUUCUCUGGGAGCAGAGCUUCUGCUGGAAAAGCCCUAUCGCCUUGGGCUACACAAGGGGCCACUUCUCGGCCCUGGUUGCCAUGGAGAAUGACGGCUAUGACAAUCGUGGGGCUGGCGCAAAUCUGAACACCGAUGACGAUGUAACGGUUACGUUUCUGCCACUGGUGGACAGUGAAAGGAAACUACUGCACACUCACUUCCUGUCUGCGCAAGAGCUCGGCAACGAGGACCAGCAGGAGAAGCUCCUGCGUGAAUGGUUGGACUGUUGUGUUACCGAAGGCGGGGUCUUGGUAGCCAUGCAAAAAAGCUCCCGCCGCCGUAACCACCCACUAGUGACGCAAAUGGUGGAAAAGUGGCUGGAUGGCUACCGCCAGAUCCGCCCCUGCACGGCGUUGUCUGACGGAGAAGAGGACGAGGAAGAUGAGGACGAGUGAGAAGAUCCUCUGGAGUUAAUGGCUGAUCCACACACACACCCUGUGUGUCAUUACUGGGACCUGAGGUAAUGGGACCCUGCCUCAUCUGCUUGAGGCCUGACGCGGGGAGGAAUGAUCCAGCCCACCCAGUCCCGGAAAACCGCACCUGUAGCUCCGAUGAAAACAUCCUUAUGUUACCAGGACUGGACACUGUAUUGUUUUUCAUUCUGUCUCUCCCUACUACUCUGGGUUGUAAAUCUUGGCGUAUAAUGCAUGUGUUGUGCAGCAGAGGAGAGAGGACUUUUGAAGGUGAAAAUCCCAUGAUCAAACCCAUCAGAGAAAUGGGCUGGUCACGUUUUGCUUUGCCCCUAGUUCCUGCCCUUCUUCUUUUUUUUUUUUUUUUAAUUGCAAAGCUUUAUUUUCAUUUUCACUUCUUGUUUUAAACUGGCCCUCACUUGAUUUUUAACCCUGGCAUUACUGGACAGGCCAAGAGUAUAUUGCACAGUUACACACACACAGCUUGUGGCUGUCUCGAGCAAUAAAGGGGUUAAGGAUACUUUAAUUUUUAGGAUUCUGUACACAAGUGGUAGGAACGCUAUAUGUGACCUGCCACCUGCACAAACAAUGAUGGUCUCAAGUGUCAGACCGAAAACCAUUUUAAUUUUCCUUUUAUGAAAUAAUGGUAAUGAAAUAGCUAAGGAUUAUAUGGAGAAGAGCUGGGGAUACUGAGCGCUGUCUUCUUCCGAGUCACCUGUUUUUGUUUUUUUCUUUCUUCUGAAAACUUUAUAUAUUUAUUUGUUCAGAAACACUUAUCCCCCCCCUUUACUUCUCCUCACAUGCAGGAAUUGGGUUCUAAAGCGAUUGUGUGCAGUUUGCCAGCUUGAACUUGAUUGCGAAUGUGACACAAAUACAUCAUCUUGCUGUGAA